AUGAAGUUCCUUGUCCUUCUUCCAGUCCUAUUGGCUUCAGCUCAAGCAUUUGAAUUAGUUCAUCCUAAGGAAUACAACAGCUAUGAAACAAAGCCAUACAGCGGAUAUGAGCAUAACUACGGAUAUGGACAUCCUCAUAACCAUGAAGGCCAUGGUUACCCUUCGUACUAUGGAUCUUUUGAUCUCUCACAUGGUUAUAACGGCUUUCUCGGAUAUGCUCCACAUCUCUCAACUUCCUAUGCUCCACACGGAUAUGCUCCAAACUCUUACCUCCCUAGCUCCUACGCUCCUAACUCAUACGCCGUUCACCCAUAUGGACCAGCAACAUAUGGAGCUCCUCACCUCUACGCUCCCCACGGCUAUGGAGCUCACUUCUACAAGCCAUUAAACAAAUACCAGAAAUAUGGUCUUCCAUACUACUAA